UGACUUCGGUCGUUGCAUGCCCAGUAGUCCUCAGCAGAAAGACGUCAGCUUCAAUAGAGUCAGCCGCUCUUCCUUCAUCGAUUCAUCUCAUCGGGCACUCUUUGAUUACGACGUCGAAGGACAGGGCGCAGCACAGAUCUCCACUACUCCUCGACCAUAUCUAGAUCGCAACGACGACAACGACGAAGCCGAGGGAGAGAGCAUCCCACUAGAGACUUUCGCAUCUCGGCAGGCGCACACACGGACGCCUGAGCCGCAUCCACCCACCCACGCUAGCGAGCGAUACGCCUACCUCCUUCAUUCGCCCGCCAGGAUGAAGUUCUCUCAUAGCUUGCAGUUCAACAGCGUGCCCGACUGGGCAGACAAGUACGUCGCCUACUCCAAUCUUAAGAAGGCCAUCUACAACCUCGAGCAGGACCAAAAGGUGGACGACCUUCCCUCUGCAGGAGAUCAGAGGAAUGAUGACAUUGAGGCUGAGUCGGCCAACCUUCUGGCUCAGUCUAACAAUGAGGCUGACGGCAUCUUUCUCAAAUUGCUGGACCGCGAGCUGCGGAGAAUCUGUGAUUUCUACGACUUCAAGGAGAAGGAGCUCACUGGGGAUCUGGAGACCUUGCAAAGGGAUCUGGAGAGAGCUGAGCGGGAAGACAUGGCUGGGGCGGACAUGACAGCUGAUAGCGAUGAUGAUGAUGACGAUGAUGAACAGGGUCGUCUGGUGAAUCCUCACGACGAAUCUGCGCCGAGCACCGUGAGGGGACGCAAUUCGAUCUCUCAAUCAGGUGGGGGUAGGAGGCGCAGCUUCGAAGCGGUGUUCCAUGACCCCAGGCAAUAUAACGAGGCUUCUCGGGAGGAGAGGCAGAUGAGGGGCCUCGACAACACUUCGAAGACCUCGAGCAAUCAGCAACCAAGCUCUGGAGGUAGUGGACAGACCUUAGAACAACAGGUCAACUCUGCUCCUACUGCUGCAGAGACGUCUGUACCUGACGUGCUCGCUAUUGCAGCUGAUCGACCUCCCCGCAAACGGACCGACUCUUCGGCUAGUCAGACUGGCAAGCCCUGGUCGGCUUUCUUCAAGAGGAGGCCAUCGCAGAAGCGCUCCCUUGGCCUCGUCAGCAAUGAUCCCGCAGGUCUAGAGAGUCCCAUCGGCUUGGCCGGACGCAGUGAUCCCGGUGAUAGCUCGGUCUUUGGCGAGGGCAAAUCGCUCAGCGUUUGGACUGCCGAGAACGAUUAUGCAAUCGACUUGCGGAUCACCUUCAAGCGUCGUAUCACAGAUGUCUUCGUAGCCAUGUCAGAACUCAAGCAGUUUACCCAGCUCAACGAGACUGGAAUGAAGAAGAUCCUGAAGAAGUACGACAAGAUCCUGGGAAGCUCACUCAAGGACGCUUAUCUGGGUCAAGUUGUCAAGUCCCAAUAUGCCUUCAGAGCGAGUACGAGGGAGCAGUUGGAUCAGUACAUCACGACCCUGACGCAGUACUAUGCCAAAGUCGUCACAUCUGGUGACAUGACCCUGGCCGUGGCUCAGCUGAAAGGUCACCUCAGGGAGCAAGUCGUGUGGCAGCGGAACACCGUCUGGAGGGAAAUGAUCGGGAUUGAGAGGAGAGCUCAGGGUGCUAGCCUGCAGUCCACCGUCAUGGGCAGCACUGCAAAGGAUGGCGAGAAGCCAAAGCCCACCAAAAUCUUCGGAUUUACUCUUCCCGUCUGGCUGGGCAUCCCGGCCAUUCAGCUGGCUUCGGCAUUCCUCUUGCUAGCCCUUCUACUCAAGGCCCCAGGGCUGCGCUUUUUCCCUCGCGUAGAGGAGCAGAAUUGCCUCGCCAUGCUAGCCUUCUGCACAGUCCUAUGGGCUACGGAGGUCAUUCCGCUCUUCGUCACAUCUCUGCUGGUGCCCUUCCUCGUCGUGACGCUGAGAGUUGGCCGUACCGAUGACAUCGAGGAUCGCCGCAUGAAUGCCAACGAAACCACAAAGUGGAUCUUCUCGACGAUGUUUACCCCCAACAUGUGUCUGCUCCUCGGAGGAUUCACCAUUGCUGCCGCCUUGUCCAAGUAUGGAAUCGAUAAGCUCUUGGCUCAAAAGGUCUUGCGACUAGCGGGCACAAAGCCUGCCUACGUGCUCCUUGCCCACAUGGCCGUGGCUUGCUUUGCCUCAAUGUGGAUCUCAAAUGUCGCUGCGCCGGUCUUGAUGUACUCGCUGAUUCAGCCCAUCCUGCGGAACCUGCCCUCCAAAUCUACCUUUGGCCCAAGCUUGAUCAUGGGAAUUGCCCUGGCCUCCAACAUCGGUGGACAGACUUCUCCUAUUGCUUCGCCUCAGAAUCUGAUUGCUCUGCAGUACAUGCCCGGAGGUGGAAUCGGAUGGCUACAGUGGUUCGCUAUCACCAUCCCCGUCUCAGGACUGUCCCUCGUCGUUAUCUGGAUUCUGCUCCUCUGGGCCUACGGUAGCGGCAGAGGAACGGUGAUCAAGAAGAUCUCCGAGAGUUCAGACCGCUUCACUGGUAUCCAGUACUACAUCUCAGCGGUCACCAUCGGUACGAUUGUGCUGUGGUGCGUGGAACGCAACUUCGAGUGGAUGUUCGGAGACAUGGGCGUCAUUGCCAUCAUCCCCAUGAUUCUCUUCUUCGGCACCGGCAUCCUGUCAAAGGAAGACUUCAACAACUUCCUUUGGACCGUCGUCAUCCUCGCAAUGGGUGGAAUUGCCCUCGGAAAGGCAGUCACUUCCUCUGGUCUCCUCGACUCAAUGGACGAUGUGAUCCAGUCGCUGGUCAAGGGCAUGCCCAUCUGGCAGGUCCUCUUCUCCCUCCUAGGCAUCUCUCUAGUGGUUGCCACUUUCAUCUCUCACACCAUCGCCGCGGUGCUCCUCGUACCCAUCGCCUCGCAGGUGGGAGACUCGCUGAGCGACCCGCACCCCAAGCUCCUCAUCAUGGCUACGGUGCUCACUGCUUCGGCUGCGUGCGGACUGCCAGUCAGUGGCUUCCCUAAUAUGACAGCGGUGAGCCAGGUGGAUUCAGUGGGCAGGCGGUAUGUCACUGCAAAGGAUUUCCUCAAAGUGGGAGUGCCUGCCAGUCUGCUCGCGACGGCCAUCGUGGGCACGCUGGGGUAUUUGAUGAUGACCCUGGUUGGGUUGUAAACGAACAGCACAAGAAUUCUGCGGGUGGGUGGUCAUCACGUCGGCGAUCAAGGACGAGGAGAAAAGGGGUCGACUCUAUUGUAGUGAUGCUCGGUACUGUGGUGUGCUGUGCUGUCCCCUGCUCUCCUUUUUGCCUCCGUCUGCGGACGACUUCUGUGCAAUGCAUUAUGUCUAUCUUGCUCAUGAGAAUGAUGUACUGUCCCUAUAGUCUUCUCAUACCUACACCCACCACCUCGAUCCUUCCCACUCCUGAACCGCCUCCAUACGGACCGGUAGGGUCAGCGAGCUCGUCCCCAAAAACGUCUGCAUCGAUCGUAGUCCAGUACUCCAGUCUUGCCUUGACUCCAGAAGAAGCCGGGCCGGAGGAGCCUUUGCCUUUCCCCAACUUAUUCCCAUUCCCAAUAGACAUGUCCCCCGCUUGCGACACCAGU